CUACUUGACUUAUCUGUUGCUCAUGAACAAUCAGAGCAAGAUUAUAACAUAAAUAUCUGGGAGCCUAUCAUAGAAGCCAUGUUCUCUGAUUCCAUCGUACAAGUCAAGAGCGGCGAUACAGUAUUGAAAAGCUUUGAUAGCAAGUUCAAAAUCAAUUACAGACUUAGAGUUAUUAUCAAUCAGAGAUUCAUUGAUAUAGCGAAUAUUGAAGUCGGAAGGAAGGCCACCACUACCAAGGACAAGGAU